AUAAUUAUCAACACGAUUCCAGGCCAACCACGUGUAUUGUCACUGACCAAAAUGUGGAAUUCUGGCGGAUCUGGUAACGAAGGAAUGUGGUCGUUGCUGACAAAACAAGUUUUGGCUUUCAUUCGACGAACUAACUUUAAACCAUCUUCUGCUUCUCAUGACUUUCACACUACCCUCAUAUGUACAGAAACCCGUUGGUACUAACUACAGUCGGGUCAUUCCAACGAAAGAGAUCAAUCCUGCCGAACGGGAUGAAUUCUGGCGCAAGGAAGAAGAAGAGGAAAAACAUCGGUUGCAGUUGGAAUAUGAUCGGAAGCUGCAGGAAACUGUGAAACUCGAAGAGGAGCGGCGGCGUCGCGAGGAGCGUGAGUUUGAGAAGCGAGAAGCGGCGAUCGAAAGCCCGCAAAGUCCUGAAAAGAGCUACGCCCGACAAACUUCGGACAGCUCCAAGACAGAACGCGACCGUGAGAUCAAACAGAUUGUGGAAGCCAGCGGUAAGGUCAGCUCGGCCAAAGCGCGCUUCUUGAACAGUGCCCUGAGUCCGAUACACAUCCAGCAAACGGUUGCACCGGAAUUGAUCAUGUCGCCAGACUCGUCCAAUGAAGAAACCAGUUUGAUCAAUGAGCUCAAGGCGGAAGUGUUAGCAGAACAGAACGGCGGACAAAACGGUACACCGCAGGAACCGGCAGUGCAGGAAUUUUUCGACCCCAACGCCACCAUCGAUCUGUCGGAUGAGGACAAUAUGAUUAAAGCACGGGCUUUGUAUGAUUAUCAGGCGGCGGAUGAGUCGGAAAUCAGCUUCGACCCGGGAGAUUUAAUCACGCACAUCGAUCAAAUUGAUGAAGGCUGGUGGCAAGGUCUUGCUCCGGAUGGAACCUAUGGUCUCUUUCCAGCAAACUAUGUUGAAUUGAUUUAAGUUAGGUACACUAACGGGAUUUGAAACAUUCGAAUAAGUCAUCACAGCAACCAUGUGCUUCGUCAUUUCGUCUUAUAGAGCAAGAUAGCCGAACCUGACCUCUAAGUUGUAUUUUUAUUCAUCGUAUUAACGUAAAGGACUUUUUUUGUAUUCGGUUGUUCUCUGUGGCUAUCCGGAGAAUUCCAUUUACAUCACAUUAUAUAGGCAGCCGUGUUCGAAUCUGAUUCGUUCGUAACUUAUGUAUUAAUGAUUGCAAUGUAACGAAACAUAAAUACAAUUUAUCAUUAUCAUAAUAAUGUCAUUACAUGUUUUACACCCGGACAGGAUUGGAAUCCUAGAUUUAACUGUUGUUAUUAGAUAAACUUUAAAAUUCUACGACCCAUGAAAUAAUAAAAUCUUUUUCUCUAAUGCGACACGAGAAUUAGCAUCGAGCAAAAA